UACAUUGUUGCUAAAUCUUCAUCCGGGAAUCUAUAAACACCGAUUGGCGCGUGCGCAAUACUAUACUGUGGUUCGACCUUCUGCAGUCGAAAGAUCCGGGCUUCAAUCUAAUUUGACCUACCAGGUUAAAACAGAAUACAUUCAAAAAUGUAUGCUUGUGCAAAGUUUGUCUCCACGCCGGCUCUGGUCCGUGCUGGCUCCAGGGCUCUUUGCCGACCCCUGUCUGCCUCUAUGAUGUCCAGGCCUGAGGUCAACGCAGAGUGCAAUGUAGCCCUGAUGCCACAAAGCCCCUUCACCCAGGCAGCACUGAGAGGUUUCCAGACCAGUGCUGUGAGCAGGGACAUUGACACAGCUGCUAAGUUUAUUGGCGCUGGAGCCGCCACAGUCGGAGUGGCUGGAUCCGGUGCUGGAAUUGGGACAGUGUUCGGCAGUCUCAUCAUUGGAUAUGCUAGGAACCCUUCUCUAAAGCAGCAGCUGUUUUCCUAUGCCAUCCUCGGAUUUGCGCUGUCUGAAGCCAUGGGUCUAUUCUGUUUGAUGGUUGCUUUCUUAAUCUUGUUUGCUAUGUAGAACUAUGUUCAUAAACUAAUUACAGAUGUGACUACAUAUUUUAUCGUGGCUACAACAAUUGUUCCUCAUUGGUGUCAUGGAAAUGUACAUUUUCAAGUCUGUCAGUCAAAAUUACCAACAUGUAUUGUAAAAAUGUAAGAAUUUACAUAAUUAAAAUGCAUGUAUUUGACUAUUUAA